GGCUGGUGCGAACCCUUGGCCAGGCAGAGGGCCAUGCUGGGCGGUUAGAAGCCGCAGGGGCGCCCUAGUCUGACUGAAGGACUGUCUCCUCCGUCGCCAUGAAGAAGCUUUUCACCUUCUGGAGAAGGAGUGAUGGGCCCCACAGCCCUUCCUCAUGGCAGCUCCUCCGCGGGGCCGCCGUCGCUCCCCAGGUGCUCUCUGGCUACAGCCUUCGAGAUGGGGGUUUGAAGCCACUUCAUAAAGCUGCUGCACUAGGGGACCUGAACAAGGUGAAGGAGUGUCUGCUGCUCAAGAAACAUGAUGUGAACACUCGGGACAGAAAAGACAGGACACCUUUGCACCUGGCCUGUGCUUUUGGAUGUUCAAAUAUUGUGUCUUUCUUAAUUGAGAAACAAUGCAAAAUAAACGUCUGCGAUAGAGAAAAAAAAUCUCCAUUGAUUAAGGCAGUGCAGUGUAAAAAGGAGGCUUGUGCUGCUAUGCUUCUAGACCAAGGUGCAGACCCAAAUCUGGCGGAUUUCGAUGGCAAUACUGCUCUUCAUUAUGCUGUCUAUGGUCAAAGUGUCGCAUUAGUAAAAAAGCUGCUUGAACACAAAGCUAAUCUUGAAGAAAAAAAUAAGGAUGGGUACACUCCACUUUUACUUGCUGUUACUGAAAACAAUGCAGAAAUGGUGGAAUUUCUUCUGAAGAGAGGAGCAGAUGCGAAUGCUUCAGAUGAUUAUCAAAGAACAGCCCUUAUGAUUGCUCUAAGUGAUGAACCAACAAAUUUGGUUAGUCUUCUUCUUCAGCAAGAAGUGGACCUAUCUUGCCAAGAUAUUUAUGGAUUCACAGCUGAGGAAUAUGCUUCUUUUAAUGGUUUUACAAUAUAUCAUCAUUUAAUUGCUAGUUAUGGAAAGAAGAAGAAAGUUAAAAAGAUACCUUAUAAAGGUACAACCUUGGACACUUCAUUUGAUACAGAAGAACUGGAGGAAGAUGUGUAACCUCAUUUCUGCAAAUCCAUCGCUGCUGCCUUGAAUUAGAAAAAUCUAUAUCGAAAGAGCAGUUAAGUGAACUAUCACAGCAUUUUCACUGACUACUUCUUUGAAGAAAAGUUUAUUAAAUUGAGAACAGUUUUCACCAUAGAGGAUGUGAAGAAAUUUCAAAAGACAAAAUGUCUAUCUUAGUAACUAUAUCAGCUGAAAAGAUACAAUUGUGUUCAGUAUGUAGGUAGAAAAAAACUUUUUAGUCAAAAUACUAAAUGAAAUGUUUGUAAAAGUAAACUUUGCAAUAUAUUGUGUCAGGCAUGCAUUAGAACAUUUAAAUAAAAUAAAAUAUUAAUGUGUUGGCUAUAAAUA